UCACCUAAAAGCAAAACGUCAGAAUCAGCCGGUCGUAAGCCGACAAUUUUUAGGUGCAUAAAAGUGAAGGUGGGAUAAUAGGCCAGAUUCAGCGUUGUUAUUAAACCGGAUACUAAUUAUCCUCACCCAAUGUCAGACGCGACUCUCCCUUCGCCCGGCGGGGCUCCCCCCUGCCCAAAGCCACGCCAUCAACAUCCGUUGGCCCAUUACCAGUUUUCUGCGGAAGAGCUUAGGGUACUUCGGGAAUGCAACACCGAAUCGUUUUUCCAGCGUUCCUUGCCAAUCGGGACUGGUCUCGGACUGGCCGCGUACUAUGGAGUGAAAAGAGGAUUUCUCAGUCCUAACCAGCGGUUCGGAGCGGUGCCAAAAGUUGUAGUGAGCGUGAUCGUUGGAUACUUUAUAGGAAAAGUAAGUUAUCAGAGGAAGUGUGCUCAGAAGCUGAUGCAACUUCCAAACUCCAAAUUGGCUGAAGUUUUGAGACAACGGAAGAAGGGCAGCCUGUACGAUUCACUAACACCCGAUCAAGGCCUUGGAGCCGGUCUCGCCUUGGCUCCAUUCACGACGCCCAACCCAGACAUCUAUUCCGAUGAAACCAUCCGCAAAGGCCGGGUUAAUUCCUUGGAUUUGGACACAGAGCGACCAGUGCAAAAAGGACUGGACGAUACUUAUCGACCGACAUUAGACAGUCCCGCUAUUGUCUAUGAGGACAACUUGCCGGCUGAGCCUCCGAAGCAAACAGUCAGCUACGACGAGCUGCGAAAGCAGAAUCGUGACGAAUAUUACAAGAAAUCGCAAAACCAGUUCUAUCGUCCGGUUCCACCAGAAGCUCCGACGGUUAUUCGCGGGAAGGAGGAACCGACUGCCCCCGAACCGGAGAAACCGCAAGGCACAAAGAAUCGCUACGGAGAUGUGUGGACGCAGUGAAGGAAUCCUUUGUUAAGUACUUAAUGCAAGAGGAAUGUUGCUUGGUAUUAGCGCGUAGAGCUUUUUCGUUAUAUUUUUAUAUUGUCGCAAAUGGCGCGAGCAAUUGGUAUUUUAUGCAAAAUGUAAAUUGAUUGUUUAAUAAAAUAACACGAACCAUG